AGACACACAGAAGUCUUCAUGGAUAUAGUUGAUACAUUUAAUCAUUUAAUUCCUACUGAACACUUAGAUGAUGCCCUAUUUUUAGGAUCCAACCUGGAGAAUGAAGUCUGUGAGGAUUUUAGUACAAGUCAAACUGUCUUAGAGGACUCGCUGAAGAACAUGCUCAGCGAUAAGGAUCCUAUGCUACGAUCUGCAAGUAACCAGUUCUGUUUGCCUCUUUUGGAUAGCAAUGAUCCCAAUUUCCAGAUGCCUUGUUCAACAGUUGUUGGUCUUGACGAUAUUAUGGAUGAAGGAGCUGUUAAAGAAAGUGGUAAUGAUACCACUGAUGAAGAAGAAUUGAUUUUACCUAACAGGAAUUUGAGGGACAGAGUAGAAGACAAUUCAGUGAGAUCACCAAGAAAAUCACCUCGUUUAAGCACAAGGUUUAUGGUUGACUGUGGGCGCUGUGAUGACUGGUUUCAUGGUGACUGUGUUGGGUUAAGUCUUUCCCAAGCACAACAAAUGGGAGAGGAAGACAGGAUAUGUGUAAGAUGUUGUGCUGAAGAAGAUAAAACGACUGACAUACUAGAUGCAGAUAUUUUGGAAGACCAAACUGCAGUUGAAGCCCACAGUGAAGAGAAAACAAUGGAGCGUAAAAAGCUUGGGUCGUCGAAGCACAUGGUGGCCAAUGAUAAAAACGAAUCAGUGGAUGAUACUGUAAAACACAAGGUCAAUUUAAAACGGAUGUCUGGUGAGGAAAAAACUUCAUCUGACAGUAGAGAUAAUGAAAUUAAAAAAUGGCAGCUAGCACCUCUUUGGAAGUUGGGACAACCAGUUUUAUCUAGGAGAUCAUCAGAAGAAAGUGAAAAAAUACACAAAGAAUCUACAACUAUUACUUGCAGAGUAGAAAAAGCAUCAAAAUCAGGUACUCAUGAGAAGCAAGAGAUGAAAAAAAAGAAAGUUGAAAAAGGAGGACCUCAUGUGCACCCCCCUGCUGCUGCUUCCAAACCUCCUGCAGAUCAAAUCAGACAGAGCAUCUGGCAUUCCCUUAAAGACAUUCUUAUGAGAAGACUUAUAGACUCAAAUUUGAAGGUUCCAGAGGAAAAGGCAGCAAAGGUUGCCACAAAAAUUGAAAAAGAGCUUUUCUCUUUUUUUCGAGAAACAGAUUCCAAGUAUAAGAAUAAACAUAGAAGCUUGAUGUUCAACCUAAAAGAUCCUAAAAACAAUAUAUUAUUUAAAAAAGUCCUAAAAGGAGAAGUAACCCCUGAUCAUCUUAUAAGAAUGAGUCCUGAAGAACUAGCCUCUAAAGAGUUAGCUGCAUGGAGACGAAGGGAAAACAGACACACCAUAGAGAUGACUGAGAAAGAGCAAAGAGAAGUGAAAAGACGACCAAUCACAAAAAUACCUCACAAAGGUGAAAUAGAAAUUGAGAGUGACGCCCCAAUGAAAGAACAGGAAGCAGCCGUGGAAAUACAGGAACCUUUAGCCAAUAAGUCAUUGGAGAAGCCAGAACGAACUGAAAAACAAAAAGAAGAGGUUGACUCCACAUCUAAAGAUACCACUAGUCAACACAGACAGCAUCUUUUUGAUCUGAACUGCAAGGUAUGCAUAGGUCGAAUGGCACCACCUGUAGAUGAUCUUUCUCCAAAGAACAUGGAAGUUGUUGUUGGAGGAGCUCGUAAACAUUCAGACAACGAAGCAGAAAGUUUAGCAGAUGCAUUGUCUUCAACUACAAAUAUUCUGGCUUCUGAAUUCUUUGAGGAGGAGAAACAAGAGUCCUUCAAAUUAACGUUCUCUCCUACGCCACAUCCAGAGAUACCUGGAACUGUUGAAGUUGAGUCUACCUUCCUGGCUCAAUUGAACUUCAUCUGGAAAGGUUUUAUCAAUAUGCCGUCGGUGGCAAAGUUUGUUACUAAAGCCUACCCUGUAUCUGGAUCCCCUGAGUACUUGACAGAGGAUCUACCAGAUAGUAUUCACGUAGGUGGCAGGAUAUCACCACAGACAGUUUGGGACUAUGUGGAAAAAAUAAAAGCAUCAGGAACCAAGGACAUCUGUGUGUUUCGCUUCACACCAGUAACUGAAGAAGAUCAAAUUUCUUACACUUUGCUGUUUGCAUACUUCAGUAGCAGAAAGCAUUAUGGUGUAGCUGCUAACAACAUGAAGCAGGUUAAAGAUAUGUACCUUAUUCCUUAGUGUGCAGAUAAAAUUCUAUACCCUCUUGUGCCUUUUGAUGGACCUAGACUUGAGCUGCACAGACCUAAUCUUUUGUUGGGCCUAAUCAUUCCUCAGAAACUGAAGCGGCAGCAUAGUGCUAGUGCUGGUCCUAGUCACACCACUGAGACUCCGGAGACCGCCCCGGUAGCCUUGCCACCUGACAAAAAAGGUAAAAUGGAGUCCUCCACAGAGGAGCUCGCUGAGGAAGAGAAUGACUUUUUCAACUCCUUUACAACUGUGUUACACAAGCAGAGAAACAAGGCCCCACAGCCUCUUCAGGAAGACCUGCCAACAACAGCCGAACCUCUGAUGGAAGUAAGUAAGCAGGAGCCACCAAAACCCUUAAGGUUCCUUCCUGGGGUCCUCAUAGGCUGGGAAAAUCAACCUUCUACUCUGGAAUUAGCCAAUAAGUCUCUUCCUGUGGAUGAUAUACUCCAGAGCCUUUUGGGCACCACUGGUCAAGUAUAUGAGCAGGCUCAGCCAGCUGUAGAACAAAGCACCCUUAAAGAAAUUCCUUUUAUAAGUGAUCAAACCAACCUGAAAGUAGAGAAAAUAGAUAAAGUGGAGGUAACUGAAGGUGAAGCCAAGGAGAUAAAAGUUAAAGUAGAUAAUAUUUCAGAAUUUACAGGUAAAAAUUCAGGAGUAGAAGAAUCUUUGUUGGUGGGAUUCUCUUCCAAUUCUCCAGGGCCUUUAGUGAGUCUUAGUCUGAGAGGGAAACCGCCAGAUGUUUCUACAGAAGCAUUCUUAACAAAUUUAUUAAUUCCAUCAAAACAAGAGGAAACUGUGGAAAACAAAGAGAGAAUAUUAAAAAGACAGCUGCUCCAAAAUCAAGAGAGUAAUUUGCAAGAUAAUCGGACUUUAAGUAAUUCUCCAUACAGGCCUAUUACAGGAAAGGGAAACAUAGAUGGGAAUGUGAGUUGCAGUGAAAAUCUUGCCACUAACACAAGGUCCCCACAGUUUAUCAAUCUGAAAAGGGAUCCUAGGCAAGCAGCAGGACAAAAUCAGCAGGCAACCUCAGAAAGCAAAGACAGCUGCCAAAAUGGAGACAAGCCUGCUCUGCCUGGUCCAUCUCACAACCAGGAGCUCUUAGCAGAGCCUGUCAGUGGAGAGGGAAAGCUGUCUUCUGUAGAGAAGAACUCAUGUGGAGAGCAGAAUGAUGAUUCUGAGGCUGCACAAAACUCAUCCUCAGUAGAAAACUGUAAUUCUUCACAGACAGAGCAAGCCAAUCCUUUACAGGAGGAUAUUUUAACACAAAAUAUUGAAACCAUCCACCCAUUUAGAAGAGGAUCGACUAUAGCAUCAUCUCAAUUUGAAGCUGGAAGUACAUGCCAAUCAGAAUUUCCUUCUAAAAGCAUCAACUUUACUUCUAGGAGUAGCAGCCCUAGGGCAAGUGCAAACUUUUCACCUAUGAGGCCACAGCAGCCCAGUCUCCAGCAUCUCAAGUCUAGUCCUCCUGGAUUCCCAUUUCCAGGCCCUCCAAAUUCCCCUCCCCAAAGUGUGUUUGGAUUUCCACCACGUUUGCCACCUCUGUUACUUCCCCCUCCAGGCUUUGGCUUUCCUCAAAAUCCCAUGGUUCCUUGGCCACCUGUUCAUCUCCCAGGCCAACCACAAUGUAUGAUGGGGCCCCUUUCACAAGCAUCAAGGUAUAUGGGCCCACAAAAUUUUUAUCAGGUCAAAGACGUUCGGAGACCAGAAAGGCGCCAUAGUGACCCUGGGGUUAGGCAAGACCAACAAAAACUGGACAGGCCGUUUAACAGGGGCAAAGGGGACCGUCAGAGAUUUUACAGUGAUUCCCACCACGUGAAAGGAGAGCGUCAUGAAAAAGAAUGGGAGCAGGAAUCUGAAAGGCACAGACACAGAGACCGAAGCCAAGAAAAAGACAGAGAUAGGAAAAGCAAAGAGGAAGGACACAAAGAUAAGGAGAGGUCACGGGCACCCCAUAGUGAUCAAGCGACAGAUGGGAAAGCAGGCAGAGAGAGUAAGAACGCAGACAAGAGACCGGACCAGGAAAAGGAGAAGGAAUGAGAGAAGAAUAAACACAGAGAAGGGGAGAAGGACAGAGAGAGGUACCACAAAGACAGGGACCACACUGACAGAGCAAAAAGCAAAAGGUGA